GCUGCAGCUCUUCUCUCAUUCUCACGCUGAACACGCAGCUCGAGCUGCAGUGACAGCGCGUCACGUGACUGCUGCUCCACAGUGUGAGUCCAACAGACGACAGAUCACACACUCACACAGAGCGACAGAGGAAGAAACACACACAGACUCACACACACUCACUCACACACAGUGAGAAGAGAAACAAGCUGAACUUUGAGGGGAAAAGCUCGAAGAUGCCUCUCCGGGAAGAACUGUUGAAAUCCAUAUGGCACGCGUUCACAGCUCUGGAUGUGGAUCAGAGUGGGAAGGUGUCCAAAUCUCAGCUCAAGGUUUUAUCUCAUAACUUAUGCACAGUGAUGAAGAUCCCACACGACCCCGUGGCUCUGGAGGAGCACUUUAAAGACGACGACGAGGGUCCGGUCUCCAACCAGGGAUACAUGCCGUACCUGAACAAGUUCAUCCUGGAUAAGGUGACUGAUAACUUCGACCGUCAGGACUUCAACAAGAUGUGCUGGACGCUGUGCUCCAGGAAAAACCUGGACCAGAGCCAGCUGUUCAUCUCCAACGACGACGCCUUCAAGGUCUGGUGCAUCUUCAACUUCCUGUCCGAGGACAGAUACCCGCUGACCAUCGUCACAGAGGAGAUUGAAUACUUCCUGCGUAAGCUGACGGAGGCGAUGGGGGGCAGCUGGGUGGAGGAGCGUUUUGAAGACUACAAGCUGCAGCUGAACUCCAAGCAGCAGAGUCUGAACGCCUGGGACUUCAUCAGGCUGGUGGGGUCGGGGCACUUCAGCAAAGGCAUGGACCGCCAGACGCUCUCCAUGGGCAUCAACGAGGUCUUCCAGGAGCUCAUUCUGGACGUGCUCAAACAGGGCUACAUGAUGAAGAAAGGUCACAAGAGGAAGAACUGGACGGAGCGCUGGUUCAUGCUGAAGCCGAACACCAUCUCGUACUACGUCAGCGAGGACCUGGCAGAGAAGAAGGGAGACAUUCUACUGGAUGGAAACUGUCUCGUGGAGCCUCUUCAUGAUAAGGAGGGAAAGAAGUGUCUUUUCAUCAUCAAGUCCUCGUACAAAAGUUUUGAAAUCAGCGCGUCAGACAAGAAGAAGAAGCAGGAGUGGAUCCAGGCCAUUCAGACCUGUGUGAGCCUCCUGCGUCAGGGCCGGCCCGCUCCGCACCACGAGGCUCGACAGAAGCGCCGGGACCUGCGGCUGAAGCAGCAGGCGGAGCAGGAGGAGCUGGAGCUGAGGAUGAGGGAGCUGCAGACGGCCAACGAGGUCAAACAACAAGAGCUGGAGAACAUGAGGAAGGCUCUGGAGGACGCUGCAGCUAACGCAGCAGAAGAGGAAAGAAGACGUCUUCAGACCCAAACUGAACUCCAAGACCGUUACAAAAUGGACCUCGAGAGGGAGAAAAUGGUUCGUCAGCAGAUGGAGGAGCAGGUGGCGCAGAAGUCCACUGAGCUGGAGCAGUACCUGCUGCGGGUCCGAGAGCUGGAGGACAUGUACAGUCAGCUGGAGGACGCUCUGGAGAACGAGAGGCACGCCAGACAGGAUGAAGAGGCCGUCCGCAGGCUGCAGGCACGGUUACUGGAGGAGGAAUCUGCAAAGAGGGCAGAGUUGGAGCAGAUCCACCUGAAGCAGCAGCGCGCCAUCUCAGAGACGGAGGCGGAGAAACAGGAGCUGGAGAAGGAACGUCUGGCAAAGGAGAGCGCUCUGCAGGCUGCCAUGAAACAACUGGAACAGCUGGAGCAAGAGAGGCAGGGGGCGCUGGAGCAGUACCAGACGGUGAUACAGAAGCUGACAGUCGCAACCAACAACACAAAGACCUGGAAGCACAAGGUGGCUGAACAUGAGGGCAUGUUGAGGCAAAUUCAACCAGGCUCAAAGGGACCGCAGAUGAUCACCAACUGGGGCCCGGCAGCCUUUUCCGACGGGGAGCUCAAUCUGAGGGAGAAGAAAUGGCAGGAGAUGAAGAGCCAGGGCCAGUAGAGCUCCCUGUGAGCCCUGAAUCAUGAACAUGUGAGCAACUUAGAGGAGAAGACAAGAGAGGCCUGCGUGGAUGAACUGGUUUUCAGUGGAACUCAAGUGCCACGUCUAUCACCUUUAUGCCUUUAGAGGUGCCAAUUAGGAACCAGUGUCCAGACUCAGUCAGUGUUUCACAUCAUGAGGAGAUAUCUCACUAGCUGUAGCAAGGUUCAGAUGAAAAUACUAAGUGAAGAAAUAAUAGGGCUGUGUUGUCAACAUUUUUGUUUUCCUUUGUGUAUUAAUUUUUCUUGAUUAACUGAGCAGUUAAAGAAGGAGGGUGAGUGAUGUUCAUCCAAUGAUAGGGGAUGUUUCUUUUCAAAGAGAGCUCACUGGAUUCAAUAAUAUUCAACUUUAACAUCACAGUACAUUAAAGUCAUUCUGGGCUGCAGAGCGGGAACUUUCACUCUCUGGUGGUUAAACUAUCAGUUUGUGGAUCAAAGUUCAGCAGCCCGGAGUUUGACAUUUUGGCUGUCACUUCUUCAAAGGUUGCUAUGAAGGCAGUACUAAACCACAAGGUGGCCGCACCCUGAAGCAAACCCUGUUCUAUCCUGUAUUUUUACUCCUAAGUGGUGAGACAAUUAUUGAGGAAGACCUAAAGCCUGUGAUUAAGACCAUAACUUUAACAGUGAUUAUUAACUGAGGUGAUAAAUCAAGUGAGAUUCAGGGUCAGUUACUCAACUGCAGCCUGUUGCACCAGCUGUGUGUUACCUCAAACGUAGCCUAGCUUGAACCUAAUUUCUAAUUUAGGAUGGAGUUUACACUCUGCUAACGUUUAAUGGUUGCACCAGCUGAGAUAAUUCCAACGUUAGCAUAAGUUACAUCUUCUGGGUCGGUGUAAAGUCCUCCAUUAAAGACCAGGUUUUGAUGGAGCUCUGUUUCCAAUUUGAAUGAUGAGGAGAAGCAGCUCUGAUGUGUCGACAACACGCUCUCCUCAUGAGAUUACAAUAAACAAAAACGUAUGACUCUGAUCUUAACUCGCACUUUUGUUCCCUAAGAGCCGAGAUAAUAACGUGCAUCUGCACAACAUUAGAGUGCCGUUAUAUUAAUGUACCGUAUGUUGUAGUUCACGAUUUCACCACUAGAUGUCACUGUUGUUAUUCUACACUAGAGAUUAAUUAUCAUCAUAUCAAUAUGAUUUGUCAAAUUUCACCUCUAUGUUGCUGUUUGUCGAUUAACGGGGCAGUUUUAUGAUUAGCUGUUAGCUUGUUUAGAGGCAAUGUGGCGAACAGGAGUUAGCACUUAAACACCCUACUUAGAAAAAGCUGUUCACUGAUUGGCCAAGACGAAAGAAAACGUCAUAUCUGAGAUAAUAUUUUGAUUAGUUUAGUUGUGCGGUCAUCUAGUUAAGACAAACUUUACCUCUCCGUGGUGAACUACAUAACUUAAAUUACAAACUAACUAGUUUAAACAUAUGGUUUAGUGAGGACUUUAGACCCUAAAGGUGCAUUUCGACCAAGAGUUCCUGGGUCUUUUAGCCCCCAGAACUACUCUUCCCGGAGCUAAAAGGUUCCUGUUCCCCCAUUGUUGCGUGCAUUUCGACCACAGGCUGAAGUCCCGGGUAGAUUGUGCAAAUCAGGCCAGUGACGUAUGGAGAAAAAAAAUAAGUAAAUGCACUACACCACCAGACCAGUAGAGGGCAGUAAAACAAAGACGAAUGCCAUGCAUCACAGACGACACAUAGAAGCAGAUGGAAAGGCAGGUAUCAUUAUGAGCAAGCGCGAGUAGCAAAGACGUUUCAACACGGCUUUAAAAUCCUUUUGAACUCAAAAAGCCUUGGCAGAGAUCGGCCGGUGUUUUGGUUUAAACAGCGACCCUGUUAACUGGAGACUCUCAGCCGGAUGCAUCCCUCAUAAACGUCUUUAGACGAUCAUUAAAUAUCUGAUGAGGAUCUUUUGAAUUCUUAAUAAAAACUAAACUAGUUUGCAUUCCCAGGAACUCCCUCUGUGUUUCAACAGCUGUGUAAACUCCACAAACAGUGACACGUUCAGCUGAAGGUCUCCAGUUUACAGGGUCACUUUUAAAACCAUAACACCGGGAGAGAAGCAGGAUAAAGUCCCUCCGGUCGAAAAACGCUAUAACUUAGGACUCAACUUAUGUAGCGCUGGUGCAACAGGCUGCUGGUUUCAUUCAUUUGCACGUCUCAUUGGAACCAGUGGCGUCGCCCCCUGCUGGCCAUUAAAGGAAAUGUAGGUGUAUGGUAAUUGGCUUUCAAAGCUUACAUUAAAACUAUUAAAUCUGUACAUUAUGUGCAGCUUAGUAAUAAAUGAACCCGUGUACAUGUAUAGCUUCUAUUCAGCUCUUUCACUGUGUGAAUUUUAUCUCUGAAAAGCACUACUCUCCACAUCCAGGCUGUUGUAAAGUUAAGAGUUGGUGAAGUGAUUAUUCUUUCCUGUGACUGUUUUCCUCUUCACUCACUGGAACCGUUCAUAUAAAGUAGGUGAGGGACUUUUGUACAUAUUCUAACCUUUUGUGUUUGGUCACAGUGUUUUGUCGUCCUUGCUAAAGUGAAGCUGAGGAUGACGUGUUUAAUGUAAGUCAAUAUUUAACAAAGCUGUCUGUAUGAGAUAAAAACUACACCCAGAAAAUUCAAAUACUCUGUUUGAUUCAUUUAAUCUUUUAUCAGUCUUAUUAUUUCCAGUUUGUCUGGACUCGGUUUAUCUUUUAUUUCCUUCCUGUAACACACCGUCUAUCGGGCAUUUGGUUUAAAUCUCACAAACAACAACAACAAAUAAACUAACUGCAGAACAUUUGUGCUGUGUUGUCCUAUAACCAUCGGUGCCUUUGUACUGUAGUGAGUGAAGUGUGAUUUCUAUGUGAUGAUUUUAUAAAUAUGUAAAAAGCUGAAGACUGAACGAUGUAAUAAAACAUGUCUCAAACAA